AUGAACGGUGAGUUCCUAUUCCUUGUUUGGAUGGUUGUCACAGCCAUGUAUUUUUGAAUUGAAGGUAUGAGCUGAGGUCCCAUUACUGUUUCAUAUCCCCACAGUGUCUGCUGCUGGCCUUUCUGUGUUGAUGCUGUGUGGGGUUCUGGGCUCGGGGCGCUCCAACGCUUGUACUCAGGAAGUACAGAUUUACAUCUGUCAAGAGAUCCCACCAAGUAAGUCUGAUUUAGAAACAAAGAUAUUUGAUCACAAAGGUACACAUUAACAUGGAUCUGUUGGCUCUUAUCUAUGGCAUUUAUAUUGUAUAUUUGGGUCAAAAUGUAUUCUGUACUUUAUGAUCAACAUUCUAUAAAAUACCUAUAAACAAGACAUAACACCAGUACACACAUGUAUUUUUUAUUACCUCAGGUUACCCUGCUGGCCUGUCCUCUCUGGUGCUCUUUGUGAGUAACGUUGGAGUAAUCAACCAUACUGUGUUCAGUAGUAACAACCUGGCCUCAGUCACCCGCCUCACAAUCAACAACGCUGGUAUUACCUGCAUCGCAUCCAGAGCUCUCUGGUUCUUCAAAAACCUCAAGACCCUCAGCCUGGACUUCAACAACAUCUCCCAUCUCAGCUCAGCCUGGUUCAGCCAACCAGCCAUCCUCCAAAACCUCACCCUAAUUCAGAACCAAAUUGAAGUUGUAGAGGACUCCAUGCUUAGUGGGUUCACUGGUCUUACUAGCCUAAACCUGACCAGGAAUAUGAUCUUGAGCAUUGCUCCUGGUAGUUUUAGCAACCAGACCAAUCUGAUCAGUUUGGACCUGUCUGGUAAUAGGAUCGGAACCAUCAGUUCUGGUAAUGUAGCAUGAUGUACUACAUUACCCACAAUCCACUGUGUAUGAUAUCUGGUUUUAUCUUAGUAAAGAAGUUCCUGAAGCUAACAUAAUGGUGUACUGUCUUAUCAAUACAGGUAGUUUCAGAGGACUCACUGGCCUAACUAGCCUAAACUUGGCCAGGAAUAGGAUCCAGACCAUCAGUCCUGGCUGUUUUAGUGCCCUGAACAGCCUGGCCUACUUGGAUCUGUCUGGUAACAGCCUGACCAGGGUUAGCCCCCAGGACCUGCUCCCACUCUCCCCCUCCACACAAAUCAGGCUGGAUGGCAACCCCUGGAACUGCUCCUGUGGAGUGGAGGACUUUGUCGUCUUCCUAAGAGGUUGAGUUUUCUAGUCAUUUGUGGGUAGGGGUCACGGUGGGGUAUAAGUACUGCAAAGCUGUAAAGUGAUCAUAUUUAGUAUAUUUGUAUUGCAAAAAGGUGCUUUAAUUCAGUUUAAUUUAAUCAAUUCUACUUUAAGAAAAUACAUCUCUACAGAUGCUAUGAAAAUUGUAAUGAGGGAUUGGGCUUGAGCCACCAACACAAUGACCACCACACACAUUGUUCUAGACGUCUCUAUUGUGUGUCCAGGUCUGCAGAAUGCAUCUCUGCUGGAGAGAGAGAUGGAGGUGAUUUGUACCAGCCCUGCAGCCCUGAGAGGCCAGCCUGUGUGGAACGUAUCUGAGUGUGUGAAACCUAACCCACAGCCACAGGAGGAUACUCACAUACGGCCCCCAGCCAUGUCCAUCACGGUCUCCACACUCAUAGCAGUGAUAGGUAGGUUCUGGAGCAAUGCUGUACAGUGUACACUACAAAGACAUCAAAUAGAACACAAUAGUAUUGCCUAUACAUAUCUAUGGUACAGUACAGUAUGUUAAGACUGUGGUUUUAGUCAAUCUCAUAACGAAUAAUGUACACUAUUACGCUAUCAGGCAAAGAAUGUAUCGUGGUCCAUUCUGCAUAUAACACAACAGAAUAAAGUGUGAACAUAAUCCUCACUAACUCUAGCUUGUCUUGUCUUCCAGUGGUGCUGUGUAUCCUGAUCUGUGUGGUCUGUGCCCUGGCUGUAGUCUGGAGGAGGAAACGUGAGACCAAACAGGUGAAGCCCAGUCUGGAGACAAAAGAGGAGGAGGCCGCAAAGCAGCCAGACAGUUCAACCACCACCCUCCACAAACAGGUGGAUUCUGCAAUGUCUAAAUGGGAUCCAGAGCUUGCUACGAGGACUUACAGAUCUGGAGUCAGAGCCAAGUCUGCUGAUGCGGUCCUCUCCACAUCCCAGUUCUGUAGAGCAGAGAGAGAACUACACAGGGUGGUGCUGGAGACUGAGAGAGAACUACACAGGAUGGGGAGUGCGAGAGAGAGCCCGUUAGAAGAUAUGAGGAACUCAGAGGAAGAGAACAGCAAAGAGCCAGGAGGUAAUGAGUCCCAGGGGGUAGAUAGAAACCUGACAGGAAAAGAUGAUCUUACCAGUGAAGUGAGUCAGGAAAAUGACAGAGAUGAGAGAGAUGCUGAUGGAACUGUGAAUCUGCAAGAUGGCGGCCAAAACAUAAUCUGUGUAUCCCAGGAUUCGGAGACCAUACCGUACCUGACCAUCGGUGCUGACCCGGCCAAACCAAAACCUGAAUGCCACAAAGGUCUAAGUCCACAGAAAGUCAUGACAAGGAUUUCCACGUGGCCCCCCACCUCAGCUCAGUGGCAGAUCCACUUUGCCAUACAGAGAGAGGGGCUCUGUGUCUUCCCUGAGCAUGACCCUGGCCAAGAGGUCGAAGGAGAAACAGAGAACCAAUCACCUGACCCUGGUGAAACAGAGAACCAAUCACCUGACCAAGAGGUCGAACAGAUCCAAUCACCCAACCCUGGUGAAACAGAGAACCAAGCACCUGACCCUGAGCAAGAGUUUAAAGAUGACACAGAUAAUCUUUCAGCUGAUGUUUCUGUCAGUGUUCUGGAAUCUUCCCCUUCAACCAUUGCUCUGGAGUCUUCACCCCCAGAAGGGGACAUGGGUGAGGACAAUGCUGAGGAGAACUGCAGCACGCCACCAGACUUUGUGACAUCCUCUCCAGAGUAUGAUCCAGUCUCACUGGAUGAUGCUGAACCAGAACCUCUCAUUGAGGCAAGUGAGACCCUGUCAGACCUGGUCGACACUACCCUGUCCCUGUCUCGUAAUGUCCUGACCCAGACUGAGACCAAACAUGGUCAAGAAAAUCCUGAAGAAUUGGAUAACAAACCUGCACACGUUAUAAACAGGGCUAUAGAGAGUGAAGGUAAAUCAAACAGAAAGGGGGCACCAAAGAGAGCACAGAGAGCGGGCAGGAGCAGAGAGAGUACAGAGUGUAGUGGAGCUCCCCCUAGUGGUGUCUCCCCCAGUGAUGACAACCUGCUACUGGAUAAUGAAUACACCUAUAUUGACCUGCUGCACGAGGUGGUUCAGAACCAGGGCCGAUGGACCAGAGAGAGGUGGAAACAGACUCACCUCAACAAAGCAGCAAGCAAGAGAAGCAAGCACCAGGGACAGGGACAUUAA